GUGAAGGGGAGGGGAGGUGGCACUGGAGGACCUUUUAAACAGAGUUCGGUCUUCUCUUUGCAGAUGCAGAAGGUCAAUGAUCCAGCAGCUGCCUUGAUAGAAGAUUCUGGCAAAGGAGGAAGGCGAUCCACUGGUCCAGCUGGAGGCUGUUUGGAGAGGAAGGGAAGAUGAGGACAGAGCUGGACUCAGCCGCUCCAGAAGAAAGAAAAGGCCCUGUUGCUAUGGAGGAUGGGAGCAGAAGGGAACUGAGGGAAGGAACCUUGCAGAGGAGCCUGGGAGAGGAUUUUCCCCUUUCAGAUGUGCAGCGCCAGCACUUCAGGCAAUUCCGUUAUCGGGAGGCUGAUGGGCCCCGAAAGGUCUGCAGUGAACUCCACCACCUUUGCCUCCAGUGGCUGAAGCCAGAAAGGCACAGCAAGAAGGAGAUCCUGGACCUGGUGAUCCUGGACCAGUUCCUGGCCAUCCUGCCCCCGGAGAUGGAGAGCUGGGUCAGGGAAUGUGGGCCAGAGACCAGUUCCCAGGCAGUGGCCCUGGCAGAAGGGUUCCUCCUGAGCCAUGCAGGUGACAAGAAUCCAGGCCAGGAGGUGCAGGAAAGGAUCAACUAUUGCCACAGAGCAGCUUUUCUGGGCGAGGCCUUGAAACCAACAAUAAAAUCUUUGCCGUAUCUUUGCAGCAGGGAGAAAUCAACUUCUGUGGGGCUGAUGCAGGGUCCGGUGACCUUCGAGGAGGUGUCUGUUCCUUUCACUGAGGAAGAGUGGGCUCUACUGGAUGCAGAAAAAAGAAGCCUUCACAAGGAAGUCAUGGAGGAGAAUUUUCAGAAUGUGGCCUCUCUGGGACUUCUGGGUCCCAGACCUGACAGUAUUUCCUCAAUGCAAAGAAAUGGAAAUCUAUUUUUCCAGGACCCAGAAGAAAGGGAGAGAUCAGCAGGACUUACCAGUCUCCUCUGUUUUACUGAGACUGAUGGUCCCCAGAGAAAGCCUGAGGGAGAACCACAACAACUCCCAUUAGAAGGUGAACAGCAGAAGAGAAGCAGUGGGAAAAAACGGAAGAAGAGGGAUGAAUCAACCCUUCAACGAAUCUACCCAGUGGAGAAAGAAUAUAUAUGCAUGGAGUGUGGGAAGAGCUUUGCUCAGAAGAAAGCGCUUACAGUCCAUCGACGAAUUCACAGAGUGGAGAAACCAUUCAAAUGUGUGGACUGCGGGAAGAUGUUUACUUACAAUGCACAUCUUACUGAGCAUCGACGAAUCCACACAGGGGAGAAACCCUAUAAAUGUCUGGAGUGUGGGAAGAGAUUUGCUCAGAGUUCCAACCUUCAUUACCAUAAACGAAUCCACACAGGGGAGAAACCAUAUAAAUGUCUGGAGUGUGGAAAGAGCUUUGUUCAGCGUUCACAUUUUACUGGCCAUCAACAAAUCCACACCGGGGAGAAACCAUAUAAAUGUUUGGAGUGUGGAAAGAGCUUUUCAUUGAAAAAAGACCUUACUGUCCAUUGUAGAAUCCACACAGGAGAGAAGCCAUAUAAAUGUGGGGAGUGUGAGAAAAGAUUUUCGUCAAAUAAUAGCCUUACUGUCCAUCAACGAAUCCACACAGGAGAGAAGCCAUAUAAAUGUGGGGAGUGUGGGAAGAGCUUGGCUUCAAAUACACAGCUUACUGUCCAUCAACGAAUCCACACAGGGGAGAAGCCAUAUAAAUGUGGCGAGUGUGGGAAGAGCUUUGCUCAGAGGUCCAGCCUUACUUGCCAUAAAAAAAUCCACAUAGGAGAGAAACCAUAUAACUGUGCAGAGUGUGGGAAGAGCUUUACUCAAAACUACUACCUUACUGUCCAUCGACAAAUCCACACAGGAGAGAGACCAUACACAUGUGUGGACUGUGGGAAAAGCUUUUGGUGGAAUAAACAUCUUACUGCCCAUCAACGAAUCCACACAGGGGAGAAGCCAUAUGAAUGCUCAGAGUGUGGAAAGACCUUUGCUUGGAGGAGACAGCUUAAUGUUCAUCGACCUAUCCACACAGGGGAGAAACCAUACAAAUGUUUGGAGUGCGGGAAGACAUUUGCUCGAAAUGAUCAUCUUACUGAGCAUCGACGAAUCCACACAGGGGAGAAACCAUACAAAUGUUUGGAGUGUGGGAAGAGCUUUGCCCAGAGUUCCCACCUUACUUACCAUCGACGAAUGCACACAGGGGAGAGACCAUAUAAAUGUUCAGAGUGUGGGAAGUGUUUUGCUCAGAGUGGAGAACUUACUGCCCAUCGACAAAUCCACACAGGCGAGAAGCCAUAUAAAUGUGUUGAAUGUGGGAAGAGUUUUGCUCAGAGCUCCCAACUUACUUACCAUCACCGAAUACACACGGGGGAGAAAUCAUAUAAAUGCAUGGAGCAUGAGAAGAGCUUUGCUUCGAAGUCAUUCCUGGAGCACCAUCAACGACUCCACACAGGGGAGAAACCCUAUAAAUGUCUGGAGUGUGGGAAGAGCUUUGCUCAGAGUUCCAACCUUCAUUACCAUAAACGAAUCCACACAGGAGAGAAACCAUAUAAAUGUCUGGAGUGUGGAAAGAGCUUUGUUCAGCAUUCACACUUUACUGGCCAUCAACAAAUCCACACAGGGGAGAAACCAUAUAAAUGUUUGGAGUGUGGAAAGAGCUUUUCAUGGAAAAAAGACUUUACUGUCCAUUGUAGAAUCCACACAGGAGAGAAACCAUAUAAAUGUGGGGAGUGUGGGAAGAGCUUUUAUUCUAAAAAAGAACUUACUGUUCAUCAACGAAUUCACACAGGAGAGAAGCCAUAUAAAUGUGGGGAGUGUGAGAAAAGUUUUUCGUCAAAUAAAAGCCUUACUGUCCAUCAACGAAUCCACAUGGGAGAGAAGCCAUAUAAAUGUGGGCAGUGUGGGAUGAGCUUUGCUCAGAGGGCCAGCCUUACUUGCCAUAAAAAAAUCCACAUAGGAGAGAAACCAUAUAACUGUGCUGAGUGUGGGAAGAGCUUUACUCAAAACUUCUACCUUACUGUCCAUCAACAAAUCCACACAGGAGAGAAACCAUACAAAUGUGUGGACUGUGGGAAAAGCUUUCGUUCAAAUCAAUAUCUUACUGCCCAUCAACGAAUCCACACAGGCGAGAAGCCAUAUGAAUGCUCGGAGUGUGGAAAGACCUUUGCUUGGAGGAGACAGCUUAAUGUUCAUCGAUCUAGCCACACAGGGGAGAAACCAUACAAAUGUUUGGAGUGCGGGAAGACAUUUGCUCGAAAUGAUCAUCUUACUGAGCAUCGACGAAUCCACACAGGGGAGAAACCAUACAAAUGUUUGGAGUGUGGGAAGAGUUUUGCUCAGAGCUCCCAACUUACUUGCCAUCGACGAAUACACACAGGGGAGAAGCCAUAUGAAUGUUCGGAGUGUGGAAAGAUUUUUGCUUCGAGGAGACAGCUUAAUGUUCAUCGACCUAUCCACACAGGGGAGAAACCAUACAAAUGUUUGGAGUGUGGGAAGAACUUUGCUCAGAGUGGAGAACUUACUGAGCAUCGACGAACCCACACAGGGGAGAAACCAUACAAAUGUUUGGAGUGUGGGAAGAGUUUUGCCCAGAGUUCCCACCUUACUUACCAUCAACGAAAGCACACAGGGGAGAGACUAUAUAAAUGUUCGGAGUGCGGAAAGACUUUUGCUCGAAAUAAUCAUCUUAGUGCCCAUCGACAAAUCCACACAGGCGAGAAGCCAUAUAAAUGUGUUGAAUGUGGGAAAAGUUUUUCUCAGAGCUCCCAACUUACUUACCAUCACCGAAUACACAUGGGGGAGAAAUCAUAUAAAUGCAUGGAGCGUGAGAAGAGCUUUGCUUCGAAUACAGAGCUUACUGUCCGUCAACAAAUCCACACAGAUUAGAAGCCCUAUAACUACAUUGAGUGUGGAAAGAUCUUUAUUCCAAUGGCCAACUGUAUAUCCGAUUGACAAAUCCACAAAGGGGAGAAACCAUAUAAAUGUUUGAAGUGUGGGAAGAGCUUUGGUCAAAGCUUCUACCUUACUGUCCAUCAACGAAUCUGCACAGUGGAGAAGCCGUAUAAAUGCAUGGAGUGUGGGUAAGGGUUUUCUCAGAGUUUACAGCUUACUGUCCAUCAAUAUAUCCACAGAGGGGAGAAGCCAUUUAAAUGUGUGGAGUGUGGGAAGAGCUUUGCUCAGCGGGCCCACCUUACUUUCCAUCAAUGAAUCCACACAGUGGAGUAACCAUACUAAUGCACGGAGUGUGGAAGCAGUGUUUCUCAGUGUUCAGGCCUUAUUGUUCUUUGACCAAUCCACUCAAGACCCUCUUGAGGGGAGGGCGAGUUAAAAAUAUAAUAAAUAAAUAAAAUAAUAGACCACGUAAGAGCUAAGAGUCUGGAAGAAAGUUAUGUUUAAAAGAUUAUCUUGUCACUUAUCAAAGAAUUCACCAAGAGAGAAAUAUGAAGGGUUUUUGAGGGAGAGUGAAAGUCAAAAAGUCAGAUGCAUGGAGGGUAUGAAGAAACUGGCCAGAGAUAUAUAGGAGGGGAGGGGAGGGGGAAGUAGAUGCAAAUCAGUUGCAAAAACUCAUUAAAGAGGUGGAGUGCCCAAUCCUGGCUGGGUGUGACACCUCCCCUGCAUUGCUAAAUCUGAAUGGAAUGCCUGAAAGGCAGUUACUUCUGAUAAUGAGAUAACCAUCCAGAGUCUCUACUCAAUCCAAGUCUCAUUGAGUCAAAUUUACAUAUGAAUUCCUAUUCAGCAGCUUCCCAUUGGAUUCUGCUUUUCCCACAUUCGCUUUAUACCUAGUCUGGGAAAAGCAGUACGCCCUCAACAGAAACAAACAGUCAGACUUUUACCAAAUUGGUGAUAUGAGACUGAAUGCUGGCAAUGCUGUACGUGAGUAAGCUCUUCAUACUAUAAGCUUUUGUGGUAAAGCAAAAACAAACACUUAUUUGUUUCAACAAAGCCUUCGACAAAGUACUUAUUU